AUGAGCGACCGAGCGCUGUGGAUGCUGUUGGAUUGCCUAACUCAGUUUGAGGUGCAGGCCAGCUACCUCAAGCUCAACAGCAACAGGAUUUCAGGGGCCGGAAUGUUGGCGCUUUGUGAGUUCAUUCGGAACAACAAGCGCGCGGGCCAGAUCUAUGAGCUGCACUUGUCGCAGAAUGAGAUCGAUGAUGCAUCAGCGUUGGAGUUGUUCCGGACGCUGAAGGAGCUGAAGCACAGGUACCCACCGAAACGGGAGAUUCACGGAUAUGAAGGCCUGCACCUUGUUCCACUUUGGUUGCGGCUGAGUCGAAACAAGAUUCGCGACCCUGCCGCCCUUCUUGAGACUCUGACGGCCGAGGAGAUCACAUUCUGUCCUGCAUUGCGUAGGGACGGAUGUGGACCGGGGUACUGUUCCUGGGAGGACACCCCGCUGGUUCACCUGCCCUUUUUCUCAGAGCAGGUCGCGGAAGAGGAAGUGGAGCACGAUGCUGCCUACCCUGCAGAAGAGGCAUACGAUCGCGAUGCCGAUGCUCGUGAGCACAGGGACCGGCCCCGGCGCCGGGGAGGGCGAAACCGCAACCGCUGGAAAGGCACGGGAGAAGUCGCCGAGGACUGA